AUGGACUGCUGCCGGCUGCGUAUUGCACACCCAGUAUUUGAUCCACCCCCGCCGUCCGCAAGGUCGAGUCUGCGAAUUGACCGAUUGGCGGCGCGCGAGAUCAUGCAGAUGCGCAUCGCGAUCUCUACACCCAGUCGCGUCUCGUUCCACAGAAGCAUCCUCACGGCAACGCCUGCUCACGCAGCCGCUCAACCGCUCGCCCUCCUUCUGCCGGCCCGAUGGAUGCCGAGCCGCACACCCACUACACAAACACGCAAGACCGAAAUAGCAUCCCACCAUGCGGUGCCGGCGAACGCUGUCAAGCCGGAUCUCGGCAUGCCGCUGACAACCGCCUUGUCAGCACCGAUACCAAGUCACGAUAUUCUCGAUCUCGCUCCAGCAAGGAGGAGGUGGGUUAAUUGCGCUCGAUCCAUAUCGCCUGAUACUUUCGAGCCCAACGUAGGUGGCACGCAGCCGAGCUCGAGCGCCUGCAGCUUGCACCGCCUUGGCGCUUACAGAUGCCAAAGGAUUCGGCACGAAGCGUCGCCACCAUCCAUGCACGUGCUCGUCGGCUCGAUAGGACGAACUACUGUAGUCUGGUCGGCGCGCGUUGGUACCAUGCGCAGUCACGUCACCGCAUGA